AUGUCCGCCAUAAACACCAUCAAUGCCCUCCACGCUGAGGCGUCGCGGAUUAUUUAUCAACUCGGUCGAGCUCCCACCCGCGCUGAGCGUGGCUAUGCGCUGGAGCUAGCUGAUAAAGCCAUGGAACUUGCUAUCGAAGCCGGCUUCGAUGGUCCUUCGAUAGAGACCUGCGAAGCCGUCCAGCGCCUUUGCUACGACGCUCUAUUACAUUCCUACAGCUGGACGGACAACCACGAGCGUCGCAUGUACGAGAAAAGCUCGUCAAGAACUCCUGUAAAGAGUAAACGGUCGGCCAGGAUCUACAACGUCGACAAUGGAGAGCACGUGGUCGAGGCUCUUGAGGCUGUCCAUAUUGGAAACAUGUUGAGUAAUCGUGUGUCGGUUGAACCAGAUGCGUGGAAUCGCAGGAUUCGGUGGGUCGAUGAAGUUAUGGACCAGCCGAUUCGUACGUUAGUUCAUUAG